UUUUGACGAUUGCUUUUCUCUCCUCUCUGCAAAAGGGAACUUUUGCUCACGAUACCGUCGGCAAGACAAAAUUAUCUUUCCAAUUACAGCAGAGAUUGGAAAAAAAAAAACAAGAUACAACGAUGACCAUUGCAACUACUCGAACGCUGAAAACCGUAUUGUUCAUGGGCAGCGCCCGRGACAUCACUCCACCCUGGGGUGGUCCGAGCCGUUUGGGCGACGGUAUCUUGAAAUGGGCGAAGAGCAAGAUUUCCAAACGAUCCUCGUCACUGGGCGACAUAAAAGAAAUCACCCACGAGCUUACCGUCUUCGAUCCUCUCGAGGUCUUUGGCGAGGGAGGAGCCCUAGAAAAAAGCGGGGCCGAAGUGAAGACGCCCCACUUCUUUUUCAAGGCGGGCGAGGCCCCGGCGGCCAUGGAUUCGAUGGCCGAGACGAUCAAAGCAGCGGACUGUUUCCUUGUCGUGGCACCCGAAUACAACCACACGCUGCCCUCUGCCCUCAGCGGCAUGAUCAACCAUUUCGGUGGUUCGCUGUAUGCCUUCAAGCCCAGCGGGAUCAUUACGUAUUCACCUAGUCCGUAUGGGGGAUCGCGUGCCGCGGCAGCCCUCCGACCUUUUCUGUCCGAGCUAGGUUGCCUUCCCGUGUCGAAGAUGGCAUGCUUCUCYACCGUGGGCGACAUCUUUCAUGGAGAUGGCACCGUCAAGGACGAAUCCCACCGACAACUGAAACAGCUCGAUGACCUGCUCAAUCAGUUGGAAUGGUUUGCAAUUGCGUGUGCCAAUCAACGAGAUGCUUCCGGCGUGCCCUGAAACGAAACGGAAAAAGRCACAAAGAACAAURCUUGAAGAGAGUAGUAUUUACGCUUCUCAAGUAUGCUGUACACUACGGAAUAAAAAAGCAGACAACUA